AUGGAGAAAAGUAGGAAUAGAACUGAUGCUUAUUGCGAGUUGCAUUUCGGGAAAGCACAUACUGGAAAGACUAACACUGUGUAUAAUAAUCUAUGUCCCAAGUGGAAAGAUGCAAUAAUAUCCUUUGAUAUAAUAGAUGAUGAAGAGUUGCUUGAAAAUGUAAUGGAAAUCAAGGUUAUAGACAAGGAUGUUAUAGACAGUGAUGAUGAAAUAGGCACUAUCAAUAUAGAUUUGAGCUCACUUUUUAACAGAAGAACGAAUCAGACUAUCAAAUGCUGGUUUCCAAUUUUUGAUAUACAAUAGGGGAUAAGAGGUGAACUUUUAGUAGAAAUCAAACUUACUUUUGUCAGAGAUGAAAGCAUAGCCAAGACCUUAUCAAGUACUUUAGUUUCAUUUUUCUCUACAUCUUCACCUCCUCUAUGCGUCGUCAAAUAAAUGCUUGGAUUUGUCGAAGAACUUGUUGAUUUUAAGAGAAGUGACAAAGAGGCUGACAAUAUGAUACAUAUAUAGGAAGGAUGCCUUAAACUGAGAUAAAAAUUGGGCAAAAUUGUGGUUGAAAGAGGUGGGAAUGCGAUAAUUUCAUAUAGACAAGUGCUUGAUAAUGAAGGAGCUAAGAGUAAAAGAAUCGUACUAAGAGGAUAUGGCACAGCUGUUUAUUUGAUCUAAUAAGAUGAUGAAGAAUAAAAAGCAUAGUCUUCUCUGCUAUCAUAGUCUAAAAAGAACAACUUCCCUAAAAAUCUUACCAAAUAAAGCAAAGGAUAGAGUAAAUUCUAAAAUGAAUAAAGUUACAAGCAAUUCAACUAUCAAUUGAUUGAAGAAGAGAAGGACGAGAGACCUAGAAUUCAAUUUAUUACCUCAAAUACUUUUCCAGAUGAAGCCCAUAUGUGGUUUGGUUCAACAGUUUCUGUACGAUCUGUAAGGCUUAUAUCACUUAAGAAAACUGAAAGAGAUAGUUGGUGGGCUGAAUUGAGAGAAGAAAUCACUAAGAAUGCUCUCUCUAUGAAUUGCACACAUAUCAUUGGAUAUAGAGAGGUAGUAAGUAUAUACAGAGAUGUAAUGAUCCUUAAUGUAUUUGGUACUGCUGUAAAAAUAAAGGAAUUUACAACUAAAAAAGAGUCUAUAAUGAAAAGUUAGGCUAUCAGAAUGAAAACACCAAUGGAAUAUUCACCUUAACUUGAACCAGUUUAAAUUUAGCUAGUGAAAGCUGUAAGCUCAUAAAUAAAUGAGAUAAAAUAUUCCUAGAAAUUAAAAGAUCAGCAUAUGUCAAAUCAAAAUUUAAGGCCUUUGAGAUCAAAUUGUCAAUUCUGCCAUAUUAUUAAUAAAAAUUAAGGAGCUGAAAAACUAGCCAAUAAACUUCAUCUAUUCAAGUGCCUAGAAUGCAAUAAAGACUACGUUCCAGAGAUAAUUAUUGCCUCUGUUGAUCCUCCCGAAGGCUUAAAUAUAAUUGGAACUUCAAAGUAUGUUGAAGCGAGACUAGUCAAGCAAAAGAAAAAUCUCAAGGGAGAAUAGCACGCUAUUACUGUUAGUGAUAAAGUAUUUUUCUUAGAGUAUCAUCUUCACAGUUAACUAAUAAAAAAAAUUAAGCUUCUUGGUAAAAACUCAAUUUUUAGUCUAAGGAUUAAUAUUGUACUUGCUGAAGAUUGUAUUAUUGGAAUUGCAACUGGAACUGCAUUAUGCCUAAGAGCACUUCCAAUACCUUAACCACUCAAAAUUAAAUAAAAUACUCAAAUAUUUCAAGACUCAAUUAGCAACAAGCAGUUCUUUGAAAAUCUGCAAAAAUUGUCGUAAUUCUAUAUCUAAUAGUCGUUUGAGAGUGAAAUUUUUGUUAUUAGAACGCCUUACUAUUUCAUGCAAAAGCAUAAGCGCCAGACUUAUUUAAAGCAAUAAGCAAAAACAAAUGAAAAUAUAAAUUUAGAAUGGCUGAAGAAAUCGCCAUCAAAAUAGGCCACGCUGGACGAUGAUAGAUUUUAAGAAUUUAUCGAAAAAGAAGGUGAGCUUAGAAGGAUUUCAGAAGAGCAAAACAUGAUAGAACAUCCUAAAAUUAGCCCUAAGAAAUUAUUGCCCAAAGACCAUGGUGAUUAGGAUGUACAAUAUCUCAAAGAGGAUUAUGACGAUGUUUCUUUAAAGGAUGAAAACGCCAUUGAUAGUAAAAACUAAGCAUAAUUAACUCAGAUUAAAUUGAAGCUAAAUAUAGAUGGUGUGAUUAAAAGACAAAGUAUUGAAAACAAUGAAAUGAUUGUAACCCCUACUCAUGAUAAUAGAGCCUAGGAAAUUGAGAAUAUCAGAGGAAGAUAUACUUUGCAACAAAAAGAGUUAACUUUUUAGUAGAUGGUAGACUUCUACAAUUUGAAUGAAAAUUUUAGCUUUAACAAAUAGAAUGCAGACUAAUAGCCAAAAUCACCUAUCCUUAUUCAUCAAACUUCAGCAAAUCAGCAUUUCGAAUUUUAUGAUUUCAUAGCUGAUAAUAAAAUCAUUGAUUCUGCUAAGCAUCAGCCCUUUGUGAGAAAUACUCAGGUUAAAACAUCAUUCUUUAUUUAACUUGAUGACUAAAAAGAUUUGGACGUCCUCAAAAGUUUGUUAGAUCCUUUAUUGCCGCCUAAUCUUGUACUUUUAAAUACAUAAUUUGAUCUCUUCAAUUACAAUUGGCAGACUAUAAAUCCAAACAAUGUUUUCUUGAUUUAUAAAGCUUGCAGAUUCCUUUUUGAAGAGCGAGAGAAUAAUAAUAUCACUCAAGCCUUCAAUAGAAUAAUGUAGCAAGCGCAUUUAGAACUGGUAUAAACAUUAAUAUAAUAAGAUCAUGCUCCUGGUGUUAUCUGCGCUCUCAGAAAUUAAAUAAAAAUUUAGGACAACAAUUAUGUAGACAUCAUAUUCACAGGUGCUGUCUUAAGGACUGAAUAGCAUUAAAUGAUAGAUAUAAGUAUUCAAGAAAAGUAGAAACUCAGCAUUAGAACAGAUAUAGAUAUGCCUAAAGAAAUUUAAGAUUAAAUAGAUGAAUAAGGAAUGAAAAUUGGAGAAGAUCAACGAAUAUAAAUUGAUCUAUCUUUAGGAGAGAAUCAGCCUUAAGUUCAAAAAUAAAAAAGAAAGAGAAGAACUGGUGGCUUGUUUAGCUUUUGUAAGUGUACAACUAAGCAUAAAAAAAUAAAGGAGGUCGAUAAUGGCAUAGUCAAAAAAACUCAUAUAAAGCUUUUGCCCAUGUCUGUUUAUCCAAAAAUGAUUAUCAAAAAGUAUCUAGGAAUAGUUGAUGUUCAUUUGAUUAGAUAAGUAAAACUAUUAAAAAUAGACGAUGACAUCCCAACUAUUAUUGAAAAAGUUCUUGAUGAUGCUAAUGAAAUUGUAAAAUCAAGAGUUGAGGCCCUUGGUGGUAAUUGUUUACUAGGCUAUAAGAUUGAUUUUAAUACAAUCGAAUAAAGUGUCUAAAGCUAACUUAACCUUCUGAUUUAAUGUUUUGGGGAUGUUGUAUUAGUUGAAGAAAAUCAUGAAAUGGUUGAAAUGAGAUAGAAUACCGAUGAAAAUUUGGUGCAAAGAACAACCAUUCUUUGA